CGGUUUGUUUACCAACAAAUCUUGGGUUCUCCUGGUACAAAUGAGAUGAAUUUUGAUUGCUGUUAACAUUUGACGUUUCCAUAAUCUAUUUAUUCUUUCAGAUAAUAAGCUUUUUUGUUUUAAUCAGAUGAAAUUUUGUUCAAUCAGCCUGAAACAUUUUUUACUCUUUAUGUACAAUCCAUUGAAAGAAAAUCAAAUUGGAGACAUUUUGUGUUCACAUCAAUGUGGUUAUGAAGAUUGGUCUACUUGAUGGAUUGUGCUUAUUUUUUACACUCUCGUUUAUAAGUGAUGUACUUGCCGGUUUAACCUUGGUUUUUAAUUUAAGUGUCACUUAGAUCAUCAUCUUCAUCGCAAUGUACAGUUUAAUCGACCUCUAUUUUCACACAAAUUCACUCAUCAUAGUUUCUUUAAUACCAAUCAUAUCAUGGAUUAGUAUAUGGCUAUUUCUUUUCGCACUGUCAUGGCUACUUAAAACAAGAUAUGGUUCUACUUUGAGAAUCAAUGGAAUCAGAUUCUUCCAACUUAAUGGUAUAUCUUUGGUAUCACCUGAUGGUUAUAAAAUUGAGAUUGAUUUUGUAUGGCUUUCGCUUCAUCUUAUCAACUCAAACAGUCACGCUCUUUUUGGAAUCAAUAUCAACGGUUGUCGCAUUGAGGGUAGAAGUAAUCACAGUGAUAUAAAGGAAACACCAAAAAAGGAUGCUAACAUCCAGAAUAAUAGUGUUAAUGAUGAAACGAAUUUUAUCAAACAACUCCGUUGGUUACGUUAUUUGAGAUUUUUCUCAAUCAAUGUUAACGACAUAAACCUGCACCAAGCUUCAAUCAACUCAAAAAACAGUGAUGUCAAUUGUAUGCUCAACAUGAGUGUUAAAGGUCUCAAUAUUUUCUACUAUAAUAAGGGCUCAGCAUUAAUUUUGAAGUGCUCUGCUCAAAAAGUGGAUGGACAACUCGAUAAGUCCAACCGCGAUGCUCUUUCCACUUCAGACUUAAACUUCGUGACUGGCUUUUGUCUUGAUUCACAAGUAGAACUCAUUUUCAAUGAAGAUAAAACCAAUGUAAACGUCCAUUUGUCCGGUCUCAAAAUCAAUGUCCACGAGUACUUGGUUGAUAUAUUCGCCAAAAAUUCUUCUUAUAAAUCACCUCAAGAACCUAAGACCACUAAAAAUUUUCUCAAAUCAUCCUAUUUUCUACAACAUUUUAAUGAUAUCACCUUUGCUUGUGAUGAUUCAAUUUUGCAACUGAUUCGCUCUGAAAGUGGACAUAUUUUAACUGUUAAAAAUGACAAAAGUGAAUUUCGAAUCGAUAAAAAGUCCAUCAACGAUGUUAAUGUUGAAAUUACUGUCAGCGGUUUGUCAACAUUUAUUAGUGAUGGUAGUAGUGAUGAUCCAAACAGCAUUGCAUCAUUAGCAAAAUUUUCUUUUCAAGCCAAGAUUCAAGAGGAAAGCUCAAUUAAUCAAUGUAUCAAGAUUACCAACCAUUCGGAAAUUAUUUCCCUGCAUGUAAAUUAUAAUGAAAUGGAGUUUUUAAAAUGGAUUGAUCUUGUUUAUCGUUUUACAUCAUCAUCUUCUUACCCACCAUCGUCAUCAAAAAUUUUCACCCAAAUGACUAAUCCAAUGAAUAAACCAAUGAAUACCAAGGAUGAUUUUCUAUCUAAAAUUUUGCGACGUGAAAGUCCAAGAGUUAAAUUAUCCUUUGAAACAGAAUUCAAAGAUGUUUCCAUUGAAUAUAACCCAGCAUGUACUUCGAUAUGCUUAAUUAAUUCUGUUCGGACCGGUAAAAUCACUGCUAACAUCGAUCCAGACCCUAUUAGACAAGAAUUAAGCUUUGAAUUCCGUUUGGAUAACUUCAGUUGCUUGGAACGAACCUUAUCUGCACAAAAUUCCAAAACAAGCUCCUCUCCUACUGUUCUAACAAAAGAUAUCCUAGUCUGGCAAACAUGUCACUUCAAGCUGAGUCAUACUUUAUUAUCAAACUCUAUGGUAAAUUGCAGUAUUGAGGACCCUAUUGUUGACAUUGACUGUUUCCAAUGUAUGCUCCAAAGAUUAACCACUGCAAAGGAAGCAUUUAAUCAACUAAAGAUUACAAAUCCCAACGAUACAAAUAUGCGAGAAAACGAAACGAAUAGCACUUCUUCGAUAUUUAAAUCAGCCAUUUUCAGUUUGAAACUGAAUGGCCUUAUUGCAGUUGCUGAAAAAUUGAAACUAUGCAUUAAAUCGUCCUACCUUAAUAUUGACACCAAUCGGAUUGUUGUGGCCUUAAAAAACUCAGAAAUUUACUCAUUGACACCAUUAGUUGAUUCUGAUGCAAUUAAUUCAGCUGACAUUGACCAAAGGCAGCUCUACUCAUCUGAUUUCACUUUCAAUCUUGAUCACCUAAAUCAUGAAAGAUCAUUCACUUUCUCAGAUGAUGUUUACCUUCUCUGGAAUGUAUCUUUCCAUAUUAAUGUUGUUCAAUCUUAUCAGAAAAUUCGUUCUAUUUGGAGUUUACUUAAGUCAUCAUCUUCAAGAGCAACACCUUCACCACCAAAUUCAACUAAAAAGAAUCUCAUCACUAUGACGACUAUCAAAUUAGGUGACAAUGUCCGAAUUGGUGCUCUAGUUUCCAAUCAGGGACAAACGGUUUUCCUCGAAUUUCCAUUGAUGAGUUUAACAAUGCCUUCAGGUGAUCGUAUAUCGUUUAGAGCAGACAGUCCUGUUUCUCUCGUAAUUGAUGGACAUGUGAUUGCAAAAUUUGAGCAGCUUCGCUUUACUAGAUUACCAGAAGUAGAGAGUAGCUCUUUAAUUAACCGUAAAGAUUUCGGUGAUUCAGGUAAACCUCUUAAUUUGACCCGAAAUAAUGUUUGCGGAAUUUCAAUUGAAAGCAUUAAGCUAGUGUUUCCCUAUAAAUUUAAUUUCGCUGAAAUAUUUAAUGAAAAGUUUGUCGCUAACAUGAAAUGGCUCAGAAAAUAUCACUCCUCAUCUGAACCAACCCGAGAUGAGGUCAAGUGUGAUCUCGUGAUAAAAGUGAAAACCAUUACCCUUGAAGUUGGUGAUGAUCCAUUUGAAGUGAAACUUCGUGAUAAUUAUGAACUUAUGGAAGACGAAUACCAUGAAAGUAAAAAACGUAUCCAAAUGUGGAGAGAGAAAAUUGAUGAAUCCAAGAAAAAGAAUAUGUCACUAACUGAAGCCAAAUUAAGUGAAUUACUUGCUGCUCUAUCGAAGAAACAAGAAAAUGUUUACAUCGAGAGGCAUCGUAAAUUAUAUGCAACCAGUCCACCUCGAGCUCAUCUCUUCCUAGUCACAGUCGAAGAUUUAGAAUUGAAAAUCGCAGCUGACUCCAGUUUAACUGGUUACGAUAAGUUGGUUGAAAUAAUUACCCGACGAUUGGAUAGAGAAUCACCUCUUCCAGCUGAUACCAAAUUUGUUACCCUUUGGGGUCGUUUUGUUCAAGGAUCAAUUGGUUCAUUCUGUUCUCGACUUCGUGAUUUUCCAAAGCCAUUACUUGAUGUCAAGUCAUUAAAAGUAAGUGGCCUUCUUCUUGGAGCCGAGAAAGAAGCUGGAUUCCGAUCUAAACGAGAAUGCGAAAUAGAUAUAGGUCCUGGAUUAACUCCUCUAAUCAUCGAACGUUCAAUGUCCCCGCUUAAAUUCUACCAUGAUCUACAAUUCGAUGUCGAGCAAAUUGGUUACACUCAUGGUGCUUGUUGGGAGCCUGUCUUGCAACAAAUCAGUCUGUGUUUUGAAUCCAUUAUCAAACCAUCUGUAGAUCCAAGUCCAUCGCUUCCUUGGUGGGAUCGUCUUAGGCUUUUAUUUCAUGGUUCUCUUCGGGUUACCAGUCGAAAUUUAUCUUUCUUCCUUCAUGGAUCUCUUAAUCCUUACAAUUCAACUGAAAUAAUUGAAGUAGCAUUGGCUUCACCCAAAAUCGAAUGUAUCACUGGUAAAAUUGUAGUCUUUGGCAACCUUGGACUUCUCGUUCAUACAGCAUCUAAAUAUGAUGAAAGGAAAAUUCUUAACUUUCCCGAUGUCCGAAUUACUAUUGAUUUGAUGUGGGAAUGUCUUGGUAAUCCUUAUGAUCAUCAUUCGGUGACUCCUCAUGCAGCUGAUAAAGUUCCCGAUUAUUCAAUUCAUCAAAAUUGGGACUCUUAUAGAGCUUUUAGAUCACAAUAUUUGAAGGUUCAAAUUUGCAUUGAAAAUCUUAAAGUUUGUCAAAAACAAAUGCCGUCAAUCACGCUUUACAGUUCAACUCUCAAAUGGCUUGAAAAUCAGAAAACAAUAUUUCGAGGUAUUGCUCGUCUCACUAGACGUGGCAAACUUUUUGGAAAUAUUAAACCUAGAAAAAAGCCCUUCUCACGAAUCUUCAAAGAAAUCAGACUAACUGUUUGUCUCAAGAAAUUUAAGGUUUAUUAUUGGUCCUCUUUGUCCAAACAAUUAGGUCUAGAGUUUCUUGGAGGCUCACUCAGUCACAGUGCUAUUCACAAGAUAUCUUUUAUACCUUAUGGUGAUGGACUUUGUAGGAGACCGAGACCUGUUUCUUACGGAGCUUGCAUGAAUUCGGAAGUUAGCGAUGUAGAAAUUUGGUUGUGUAAAAAUGAUUCUGUCAAAAUGACUCCAAGUCUAGAAGACAUUGAAGAUCACCACGAAUCACGGGGAACUAUUCGCCACUUCUUUGUCAGUUUCCAAACGAUGUCUUAUAAUCGAGUUUCUUCUGAAGCAACGAGCCCAAACGAAUUUAAUGAAGACUUCAAUGAUCCGACUCAUCGUUUAGUAAUUCACGGACUCAAAGGAGCUUGGACAAAACAAAAUCGAGACAUUGCCGUCUCUCUGUUUGACUUAUAUAUGAAUGCCGAACAGUUAAAGCGUAACUUAUCGACUGAUGCCUUAAAAGGUAUUCGUAUCGAUGGUCAAACAGGAUUUUGUGGAGGAUCACCUGUUAAAGGAAAAUACCUUAAUCAACCUCAAUCAUCAAGUCCUGCUUCCACCUUAAACAAAAAUUAUGCAGCUUCAAUGCUCCAAAAACUAAUUGCCGACUCAGAAAGUAAUCCAGAAGGUGUUUUCACGGAUGAUGUUGAAAGCGACAUUGUCUCAGAAGAACCAAAGCUUAGAGGAAUAGCUGCCUGUUCAGAUGAAAAUAUAAUCAAGAAAAAUUGGUUAAUUGAAUUGGUUAACUCUCAAGUAAUGUUGAGAGGCUGUGAAACAUUUGGUUACAUGAUUGUUAGUGCUUCCAAAACACAAAUAGUUCAAAAGCUUUAUACACCAGUUUGGAAAGAUCGAACAUUACUGAGUAAAACAUCACUCGUUGGUUCUAUCGAAGGUAUGCAAUAUUAUGCAACAGUAGAUGCUCGAUGCUCUAAUGAUGAGGACAUUGAUUGGUUAACUGUUGAUAAUAUUGAAGAGAAAACUUGUAGUGCUAUUAACGAACCUCCAGAUUUAGUUGGUAGUGGUCAGUCUGCAGGAGGUGUUGUAAGUCCAGUUGUCGGUCGAUCUGAUAUCCUUUCAUCUUCCCCAAUACAACUUCAACGUAUUAUUUCAAGGUGUUCUUGUCAAUUUUACUACGUUAAUUAUUCCAAAGAUGUGCCUUCUGAUAUAGUCGAUAAAGCGCCACCAUUGCCGGAAGAUGAUGAUGUUUUGAACUUGGAACCGUGGGACAAAGAAAUAGCUGUUGAUUCGUUUACAAUGAAUCACCACGAUCUUGAAAUUUACACCAACUCUCAACAGUUUGCCAUGAUUAUGGAUUUAGUUAACAACCUACUACUCUAUGUGGAACCACAUCGACGAGAAGCGUUUGAGAAUUUACAACGAAUGAAAUUUAAAUCAGUUCUCGAUCCAACUGAAUCAUUAAGAGGACCUAUUCUUGUCUAUCAAGAUAAUUUAAGAGCAAUGAUUGCUCGAUUAAAGCAAGUGGAAAAGGAAAGUUAUUAUUUACAAAAGGCUUUGCUUGAUGAAAAGACUGCAUCAGGAGUCGAGAAUGGCUCAAUGACUGAAGAAUUAGCUGUUUAUGAAAGGCAAAUAAUGGCUCUAAAGGAGAAAAUUAAUAGAACUAAUGAAGAGUUGACAUUAAUGAUCAAUCUUUUCAAAGAAUCUCAGUUAACAGCUGAUAAAUCGAGAGAAAAUUCAUCAGUGUCACAGGAAGGUGAAGCUAAUCAAGAGCUUGUUAGUGUUGCUCGACGAAUCGAGAUUUGUUUCAAGCAAGCUUGUUGGAAGUUGACUGAAACUGACGGACAAAUGGGACUUGCAAAGGUUGAAUUAAAUAAUUUCAUUUACACAAAAGUGGUUAAAAGUGAUGAUUCGUUUGAACAUAGUCUUGAACUUGGCUACAUCAAAGUUUCCAAUUUAAUUCCUAACCAGAAACAUCCCAUAGUCUUAGAACCAGCUCCUGCAAAGCCACAUAUUCCAAUCGACUCCAGGAGAGCAUUAAGAGUUUAUUGUCGGGAAUCCCCUCCUCAAAAUGGUAUACCAAUAAAGGAGCAUUUUGAAGUUAACGUUAUUCCUCUAAAUUUGGUUGUUACUUAUAAAUUUUAUAAAUGUUUGGAGAACUUUUUCUUCAAUCAAGACGAUAAUAGAACUAUUGAACCAUCUUAUUCAGUCGUAAGUGUUGGAGCUGUUGGUCAAACUGGAUCUGCUGUUGUAAGUGUUUCUGGUAAAAGUAAAGGUGCAGAUAGUAUAUCAAUCACUGGAACUGGGAAAAGAAGAGCAAAACAGCCUAAAAGCCUUUCCAAUGGAAGUAAUUCCCUUCCUUCAUCGUCAACUACAUCAUCGACUUUAUCUUUGGCCAAACCAUUAGUACCUGAUGAUGUUGAAAAGAUGAGACAACGGGCUCAACGUAAUAAAACAUUUGCUUACAUUAAAAUCACUGAGGUUCCGUUGAGAGUCUCUUACAAAGAUAAAAACAUUGGAAACAUUCAAGAUUUCAAAUUCAUUUUACCAACCAUUGAGUAUCAUAAUCAAACCUGGGAAUGGUUAGAUUUAAUAAAUGCUAUUAAGAGAGAAUCUAAACAUCGUCUAUUAUCUCAAGCAUUGAAACAAAAAUUAUGGAUUACACCAACGUUUUCAUCAAUUACCAACAAUCAUCAAGUCGAAGAUUCAAAAUUAGAAGAUUCCAAGCCACCGAAAGAAGAGGAAGAGCGUAAAGCAAAAUUACUUUUGGGUGAAAUUGCUGUUCCAAGCAACAAAAGUUCAGAAAGAACUUUCAAAGGUUUAUCAAUAUUCACUCAUCGCAAAGACAGUCAUAGGAAAUGAAAUCAACAUUGCAGGUGGAAAAAAAAUUAUGAAAUGAAGUGAAAUUUUUAGUAAUUAGUAAAAAAGAGAACUUAAUUUUUUGUUGUUAAUUUUACAAUCAUGUUAAGUACUGUUGUAAAACAUGAUGUGAUCAUCUAAAAACAUUUUUUUAUUAAAUUAACUGUUAUUUUUGUAGAAUUGAAUCCAGUUCUCAAAUUACA